ACAAUCCGUCUUUUAAUUAGGCGAAGAGUUUCCUCUCAGUUUUAAACUCAUUCCCCUGUUAUUAACGUUUCCCAUAUUUUGGCAGAGCUUGCAGAAUUGUCUGUGGGAAAGUUCCUAUAUUUAUAUUUUCAAACAUGAGCGCAGAGGGUGAAUUAAGUUUUUGGCUGAAGAGACAAUUGACAGCUUUUGAAGAAAAGUUCUGCGAGGCAGAUAAAGAUAAAAAUGGAAGUUUGUCGUUUGCUGAAAUAAGUGAAGUGUUACGAAAUUCGGGAUUUAAAGGCACGGAAGAAGACGUAAAAGCAAUAUUCAAAUUUGCUGACUCCAAUAAAGAUGCUAAAAUUUCAAGAAAUGAAUAUAUGGUUGCAGUGAAGAAAGCCCCGAAAACAAGUUUAAAGGAAAUAGUGCUUCGAAGAGCUUUCAAGAAGUAUGACAAAGAUGGGAGUGGUUUUCUGUCACGUGAUGAAGUCAUUUCAGCAGUAGGAUCAGAAGAGGCGGGGUUAAACCUUCCCGCCGAAAAAGUAUCCGAAAUGCUCAUCAGUCUCGUACAUGAAAAGGGCAAAGGUGAUCAACAGGUCAGUUACGAAGAAUUUCUUCAAGUUUUUCACUACAACCAGACUGCAACAUUACUUCGGGAACUCUUUAACAACAUUGAUAAAGACAAGAGUGGAUUUCUGACCAAGAAAGAGAUAAUAGACGCCAUCAAAGCAGACGAAGAAUUGUCUUUCAAAGCGGCAAAUUUGUCUCAGUUACUCAUCACGUUCAGCAAGGAUAAGAUGGAUAAAAUAAACUAUGAGGAAUUCGCGAAAAUUGUUGCAAAUCAAGCUAAAAAGUGAAUAUCGCUAUAUAUGAUAUCUAAAUAAACAAACUAAAUGUUGUCAAGGGACGUAAUUUAUACGCUUCACUUCUUUUUCCCCAUCUUGUUCAUUUGCAAGGGAAUGGGAGAUGACUGUAAUAACUAUACAAACUUUAAUGAUAGUGCCGACUUGCUUAAUUCUCUUUCCAAUGAAUGGAAUUUAAUAUGAAACCAAAUUGAUUGUGUCCACAUACAGAACAAAAACAUACAAACAAAAGCUUCGAAAACUGUAGAUUCAAACUAAUAUUAAUUACAAAACAACUGUACUUAACUGUGUAUAAAAAUCGUAACCAAGAUUGCUUAUAUUGAUGUUAUAAAAAAAAUCAUGUUGUUAUGUAUCUAUUUUAAUUAAAUCCUCUUCUUUGUGAUAA